CACUUUAGUUUGUGUUUACAGAAACAUGAACUCUUGUUUCUCUGAAUCUCAAUCUCAUCGUCUUUCUUGUUCAUUUAUUUGGACUCUAAAUUCAUAUUAAUUGAUUUCUUUAGUUGACACUGCCGAUCUUGCUUUUACUCGGUCCAAUAGACUGUCUAAUCGCUCGUUCUUGUUCUUGAUUACCAAUUUACUUUUUCCGAAACAUCUUUCUUUGAAGAUUCGUUCUUUUUUCGUCUCGGAUUUGGUUAUCUAGAUCGCCUGAAGUGGUAAAAAGUAGUUUCCCCUUUUCUUUUAGAAAUUUGAUCUCAGAUUCAGUUGUGAAAUUCUAGCGUUUUCGAAGCUAUCAGUUCAUAUUGGGGACUUCUGUGUUGCAUGAAUUUCUCCAGUCAAGUUUCCGUUGGAGAAAGACUGCAGUCAUGGUAGCAGAUACACGGCAUCUUUAGGGUUCUGUUCUUCCGGGCAUGUUAAUUUUGUCGCAAAAGGACUAAGUGGGAAAAGAUUUAAAGAAUUUUUUUUACAUAUUUAGUAAUGGAGCCGUUAUGGAAGCUCGUAUCUUUGCUGGAGCCUGCUCCACUCACUCUAAUACUGACAGCAGUAGCAGUGACCUUUGGAUCGGCACUUCAAGCUCUAAAUUAUGGGAAAGAAAUGGAGCGAAACCGGGAUUUUUCGGAGGCAUCCAUCACAUUAGAUAGUUCCCAUGCGCUUAUGAUCCCAGUAAUGAGCUCUUGUAGCCUACUGCUUAUGUUCUAUCUCUUCUCCUCUGUAUCGCAGCUACUCACUGCCUUCACAGCCGCGGCAUCUGCCUCUUCCCUCUUCUUCUGUCUGUCUCCCUAUGUCACAUAUUUUAAGGUACAAUUCGGCCUGGUGGACCCUUUUGUGUUGCGUUGCUGUUCGAAGCCAUUCACUCGAUAUCAGGGGAUGCUUUUAUUAGUGUGCACAGGGAUCGUUGUAGCCUGGCUUGUUUCUGGGCAUUGGCUGUUGAACAACUUGUUGGGAAUUUCAAUUUGUAUUGCAUUUGUUAGCCAUGUUCGCCUUCCAAACAUCAAAAUCUGUGCACUGCUUCUUGUUUGCUUGUUUGUGUACGAUAUAUUCUGGGUUUUCUUUUCAGAGAGAUUAUUUGGUGAAAAUGUCAUGGUCUCUGUUGCCACACAGCAAGCAUCUAAUCCUGUUCACACAGUUGCGAAUACUCUGAGCCUUCCAGGGCUGCAACUGAUAACUAAGAAACUGGAGUUACCCGUAAAGAUUGUCUUUCCUAGAAAUUUGUUGGGUGGAAUGAUUCCUGGAGCUAACCCAACAGACUUCAUUAUGCUUGGGCUUGGCGAUAUGGCUAUCCCUGCCAUGCUUCUUGCAUUGGUGCUCUGUUUUGAUCAUCAGAAGAGCAGGGAUUCGGCAGGCAUGUUAGAUAUAUCUUCCCCAAAAGGACACAAAUACAUAUGGUAUGCACUUCCUGGAUAUGCCAUUGGACUUGUAGCUGCUUUAGCGGCUGGGAUCUUGACUCAAUCACCCCAACCAGCCCUUCUGUAUCUGGUGCCAUCUACUCUGGGACCUGUUAUUGUCCUCUCUUUGCAGAAAAAGGAAUUCACAGAGCUAUGGGAAGGGACAAGGCAAAACCUCAACGAGAAAUCUCGUUUGCCAGAGGUUUAAGCCACUUUUUCUUCAGCAUCUUCCACCGGCAUAGAUGUACCUGUAGCAGUUUCAACCUAUACUGUAAAUUCCCCUCCAGCUCUGUCCUUAUCAGAGGAACCUUAGUAUAGAAAUAACGAUUUAAUGUUUAUCAAGAUUUUUGACUUCACCACAUAUUCUUGCCUUAAGUGCUCCUUAUCAGAGAAAAUAUGGACUACCCUCCACUGUCUAAGAAGACUGAUGAAGUACUUCAGAAACAAGAUCUAUUUUUUAUGGGCAAUAGCCUGAUAGUUAUCUUUGAUGGUGGUGAAAGCACUCCAAGGUGGCUUCUUAGCCAGUGCUUUGCCGUAAGGACUACUGCAGUGAAAGAGAGAAAGCACAUGGGGAGGUUAAAGUGAUAACAACUUAGCUUCUUCCUUUUUCAGUAUACAGUUGUUGAACACUUGAACAGUUACAUCAUCUCAUUGCAGAGCAUAUGGAUUUAGAUUGCAAGCCUAGCUUCCAAUUGCAUUGUAUCUCAUUUUCCUUCAGUACUGGGAUCUUCAAUCUUGUUAAUAGGAAAAUAUUAUAUUUUAGGAAAA